AUGCAGGGACCACGGGGGUUGUGCCAAAGGCUCCUGACCUUGCUCCUGAGUUUCCUUCACUUUACCUGGGCAGAAAUCCAAAUGCCCCAACUGCCAAAGGAGGUUCCUCUAUAUCAAGGGCACAGGUCUGAUCCUCUAGAGACCACUUCAUGGGAUUUCCCUGACCCAGCUCUGAGCUUGAAGGAAAGUUUCUUGCUUCUGGCCCUGCACAACAGACUUCGGAGUAAGGUCCACCCACCAGCUGCCAACAUGCAGAGGAUGGAUUGGAGUGAUCAGCUGGCCAGGCUGGCCCAGGAGCAGGCAGCCCGCUGUUCAGCCCAGGCCCCGCUCCCCGCGCCCGUCCAGGCCCUGCAGCUGGGCUGGAAUGUGCAGUUCCUGCCAGCUGGGGCCGCCUCCUUCACUGACGUGGUCACUUCGUGGUUUCGAGAGGGGCAAUGGUACACCUACUCAGCCGCUCACUGUGCCAGCAACUUGACCUGUGCUCACUACACCCAGCUGGUGUGGGCCACCUCAAGCCAGCUGGGCUGUGGGAAACACCUGUGCACUGCGGGCCUCAUGGAGAUGGAGGCAUUCGCUUGUGCCUAUUCUCCCGGGGGCAACUGGGAGGUGAAUGGGAAGACCAUUGUUCCAUACAAAAAAGGGGCCUGGUGCUCGCUCUGUACUGCUGGUGUCUCAGGCUGUUUCAAAGCUUGGGAUCAUGGUGGUGGGCUCUGUGAGGUACCCAGAAACCCGUGUCGGAUGAGUUGCCGGAACAAUGGACAUCUCAAUGUCAGCACUUGUCACUGUGACUGCCCCCCAGGUUACACCGGCAGGUACUGCCAAGUGCGGUGCAGUAUACUGUGUCAACAUGGCCGGUUCCGGGAAGAGGAGUGCUCCUGUCUCUGUGAUGUUGGCUAUGGUGGAGCUGAGUGUGCAAUCAAGGUCCAGUUCCCCUUCCACGCCUGUGACCUUUGGAUAGAUGGCAGCUGCUUCAUGAUCUCCCCAGAGGCAGACACCUACUAUGGAGCCAAGAGUAAAUGUCAGGAGAAGGGUGGAAUGCUGGCUCAGAUUGAGAAUCAAAAAGUCCAGGACAUCCUAGCCUUCUAUCUGGGACGCCUGGAAACCACCAACGAGGUGACAGAUGCUGACUUUGAGACCAGAAACUUCUGGAUUGGACUGACCUACAAGACCUCCAAGGACUCUUUCCGUUGGGCCACGGGAGAGCAUCACUCCUUCACCAGUUUUGCCUUUGGCCAGCCAGACAACCAGGGGUUUGGGAACUGCGUGGAGCUGCAGGCAUCCGCUGCCUUCAAUUGGAAUGACCAACGCUGCAAAACCCGAAACCGCUACAUCUGCCAGUUUGCCCAGGAGCACAUUUCCCAGUGGGACUUGGAACCCUGAAGUAGGAGCUCCUAUCAUCUCUGCCAGCCUUCAAGCCAU